GGGUACCCAGGAUACUGUGUAUUCUAAUUAAUGUUUAGUGUUGAUUAGCCACUUUCCGAAGCACUUCCGGUAAAAAAAGCUGUGGUCGAAAUUUCUAACAGACUAAUGUAACAAGAACAAACGCAAAACGACUCCCAAUAGUAAUUGACCAAUGUCAAUUGUCAAAAGCAACAAAUCUAACAAUCCUCCUAACCAAAGCAACAUGUCUGAGAUGUUCGAUGUAGAAAGUUUCCGAAACCCCAACGAAAGCAACACCGAGUGGAAGAUGCGCCGCAAGUUUCUUCUAGCGCACCAUGAAACUUUGGACGUAGAUCGCCUUGUGUGCUUGGCCAACUGUUACGUCAAUGUUGAAGUGUAUGGUUGCACUUAUCCUGUGGAGACGAUGAGGGAGCUGAAGGCCUUAAUUGAUCAGCUGUAGACAGCCUCUUAUGUUAUUUCAUUGAAUGUAUAUAUGUAAAUUGCAAUUUCAAAAUGAAUUAUUAUGAACAAUUUUACGAUGACCUUGAAACUAUGGACUAUGAUGAAGCAAAUGCAAGAAAUGACCAUAAUGAAAGACGCCGGCAUUCGGAUUACCCCUAUUAUGCAGGGGACUAUAAUUAUGGUCCCUUUCUUGAUGAUUGCGACCCCUAUUAUGAACAAUCUCAUAGGGGCCACCUUGACAAUGGUGGAAGGGGACCUGAUCAGUUUUAUGGCUCUAGGGGUCAAGGUGAGUUUGAGGAUCUCAGAGGUCUAGGUCACUUCAAAGGCUCAAGGGGUCAGAGGGGUAACUAUUUCGAAAGGGGCAGGGGUUGGGGUAGAGGGGACAAUAAUUACGGGGACAAGGGAGGUCAAUGGAGAGGUCGUGGUGGGGCAGAAAGGGGUAGAGGGGCAUCAAACAGAGGACGCGGUGGUCCCAGAGAUGGAAAAAGGGGGAAAUUUGAGAUGAACUUUGUGAAAGCUGGCACAGCUUUUGUGGAGGAAAAUCAAGAAGGAAACACAGAUGGAAAUACACAUCAAAGGUCAGCAUCAAAUGAGCCAUCUGAUGUUGAAAAAAACGUCGAGCAAGGAUUGAAGGAGUUCCGAUGUCAGCUGGGAUACGGUUAUGGCUAUGGAGCGAGGUCAGAUCUGGUAGACGGUACACCCGGAGCUGCUUGGAUAGCGAUGGGGGAAGCACCAAUGGGGAGUAUGCAGACAGAACCUAUAGAACCUAUGUCCGAGGAUUUCAAUAACCCAAGUGAAAUGCCUAAGCCCCCAAGUGGGAGCAAUGAAGAAAACACUGUGGACAUGGACAAGACCUCUGCUUCUGCAGAUACAUCUGUGCUAGAGAAGCCAAAAAUUGCUGCCCCUGUGAGGACUGGUGUCGCUAGGCCUGCUUGGAACUUUGUGAAAGCCCAGUCUGAAUUUAGGAGUACGGACGUCGCAUUCCAUGAGACUGCUUCUGUAACAAAGCCGGUUCCCAACACAGUCAGUGUGAACAUGGGGAACAAACGAGUUGGGCUGGGGUUUGGAGUAAGUGCUAAGGCCGUUGCUGGAGCUGCAAGUGUUGUGCGGGAGAAGUUUCAUGGUGGAUUGAAAGAUGGCACAAAUAAAACAUUUGAUGCAAAGUUUGCCAGACUUCACGAGGCUGUUAAACUGAAAAACUUGCCUAAUAAGAAUGGGAUUGAAGUCAUGCAUAUGGCUAUAGAUCGGGUUAAAAUGGCGAUGGUGGACGAUACUAGACCUGGAGGCCGCACAUCGACUGGUCAACCAAUGUUCUUGUGUCGUCUGGAGGUUGACGGAGUUCUAGUGUCAGAGGGAUUGUCCACCACAAAGAAGGGAGCAAAGCAUGACGCUUUUAAGAACGCUGUGGAGCUUCUCCUCAAGGAGGGUUUGACUGUCAAGGAGGCACCUGGCGGAGGAUUGGAAUUGAAAGCGCUGGAGCCAGAACCCGAAGCGGGGACUUUUCUUGCUCCACCUGCAACAGUUUUGCAAUCUGCUCAGCUAGGGUUUAACAAGGGGGUGGCUAAAGCAGGACUGGGCCAAUCGGUUGCUAAGAUGCAACUCCCUGUAAAGCCAAGUCAGAGUGGGAAUGUAAAAGGUCAGAAACCUUAUGGCCAGAGUGAGGAAACCUUUGGAAAAUCUGCCACUGCUUAUGGUAACCCUAAGAUUGUUUUUCAUAAUCAACAAUCAGACAAGCCAUUGGAGUUUAAAAUGCCAGGUAAAACUGGUCCUUCUCAUAGUGGUCAAAGUGCACAGGCUGCUGAAAUGAUGGCGCAAAACUUGUUGAACUUCGUGAAAAAUGAAUCUGCAGAAUUGAACCAAUUGACAAAGGACAUCAUUGAAGUUACAAUUGAGAUUGAGUCAGCAAGAAAGAUGGAUGUUCUAUGUAUGACAGGGUCUGAAUCUAAAAGUAAUGAGGAAUCCCAAACAAAUAUUGCAUCAAGUUUGUCUUCUGUUACUAAGACUGCGGUUAAUGAUGAAUCACGAGCUGAUGUCACUAGCGUAAACCUGGGAUCAAGUCCAACCAAUGUUCCUGAUAAUAAACCAGAAGCAAUUAUUGCCUCCACAAUUGUUGAUUCAGGUUCCUCAUCAAUGGUUAAUCAAGAUGUUAACGGUAAAUCUAAAACAGAUACCCCAUCUAAAAAUGUUAACUCAAGUUCGUCACUUAAUGCUACUUCUACAUCUUUACACUCAGCCAGUAGUUGUCCUGGUUCUGCAACGCCUACUGCUUUGUCCACUAUUCCACAGCCACUAUAUAUUCCACGACAGAUGUUUGUAAAAUCAUUGGACUCUCAGAAGCAAGACUUUUCAACUACAUGUAUGACUGAAAGUGUUAAAAAUAAACCGCUAACUAAUACCAAAGGAUUCACUGAUUUAAAGUUACAAAAUGUACCCACAAAAUUCAUUAAGCAAUCAUUUGUAAAAUCGUCACAUUCUUUGGACCAAGAAAAAAGUGAACAUUCAUCUUCUGAAAUUUACCAUCCUGCCCCACCACAAUCUCUUGGUACGUACAGACCGCCCUCAAAGAGUGGUCGUCUUCAGAGUACAGUUCACGCAGUGAAUCAGUCACCCCAAAAUAACCCCCGUAAACGCACUAAUGAUACCCCUUUGACCCCAGUAUACUCUAAACUAAAAUCGCGCAAAGUCAAUAAGAUGAACGACUUGGAUGAUUUGUCGCAGUUCAUUAUUAUUGACUCGACCGAAGUAUCUGGGUGUCAAAUCAUGACGGAUCUGUCCAUACUGCAUACCAGCGCCAACAUGAAUAAAGUCGUGAUGAAAGUGGAGUAUGAGCCCACUGGGAACGGUUUUAAUUGUAGUUUUGUAAUCUCUGAUCACCUAAUUGGGACUAUUUUUGGCGUUAAUAAAGAGGAUGCAAAAGUGAACGCAGCUAAGGCAACUCUGGAUGAACUUCGAGAAAUGUGCUAUACGAUUAAAGUCCUACAGAAUGUUGAUAGCGAUGAAGGUGGAUUGACAAAGGAUCAGUUGAUGAGUGAUGUGCAGAAAGCUAAUGAAAAAUUGCCUGAUAGCAAUGUGGGCAAUAUGCUGCUUCGGAAAAUGGGCUGGACAGGGGGAGGAGUUGGGAAAGACGGGCAGGGGAGGGCGGAGCCUGUGAAAGCGGAGAUGGUAAUUGGUCGAGAGGGACUUGGACUGAAAGCUUCAAGGGGGGUAGGUAAGGAAUUCAACAAGAUCGUUACGAAAAUGCUGGAAGACUAUGUGAAGUCAGACGAGCAGAAGGAUCUGCACUUUUCAUCGGAAUUGUCGAAAGAGGAGCGCGCGAUCAUUCACAACAUUGGUCAGAAGAUGGGUCUUAAGACGCAGAGUAAAGGAAAGGACAGUGAGCGGUACUUGAUCAUCAGUCGCAAGAGGACGGCACGGGAACUGCUGGAACACGUGAUGAGAAAUGGGGGCUCGACCAGCAAGUACCUGGUUGUACCCCCAAGUAGCGGCACAAAUGAGUUCUGGAGCAAUGAAGAUGUGGCGUUUGGUCAUGGGAAACAGUGAUGUGCAUUGGUUAGGAGCAUAACAAUAAACAGCUGUUUCUACUUGACAAAAAAAAACAUAUCAAAGAAAAACUUGUCAACUUAAGAACAAGUUGAAUCACAAAUUCCAGCUCCAUUAUCCUUAAGAGCCUUGCCCUGGGAAAACAGUGCUUAAUGCAUAUGCAUCAAGUAUUGCCUUAACUGGAUAAGUGGAACUUGCUAAGAAUAGACUUUAAAAUAAAAAUUCCAUUAAAACUAAAAGUUUUGUGCCUGACCAUCUUGUGCCGACUGCACAGGUUAGUCAUGGACAACACUUUACACACAUGCAUAUAAACCCGUUCUUCCAAAACAAGGCUUUUAUGGAUCAGGGAGCUGGAAUUUGUGAUUCAAUUUGUUCUCUAAGUUGACUGUUUUAUAUUUGAAAUUUUCCUACAUUCUCUUUUCUCAAGUGGAAACAGCUCUGUAUUUUAACUUUAUUAGAUGAAGGAAUGAUAAUUUUGUUGAUUGAAUUGUCAAUUGUGGAAACAUAUCUGUAUUCUUACUUAAUUAAGAAAUAAUCAUGUUAUUAAUUUUUAAAGCUGAACUUGUUAUAUGUCAUAUGAUUUUAAUUGUUCAUUUAUUGGAAACAACUACCAGUUUUGCUUGUUUGUUGCUAGGCAAGCAUAUAACUUUCAAGGUCAGAAAUGUUGCAGCAAAAUUGAAUGUUUUAUUCAUUGUUUAAUGCUUUUUAUAUUGUUUUGCAAUUUAUAUUUUUGUUUAAAGCUUAUGUUAGUGUGAAUUAAUUAUAUUGUUGAAUGACUAUUAGAAUUAUUACGAUUACUGAGAGAUGAGUAAACCCUUUACCACGUAGAUACGUAUUUUGUAGUCCCAUAGAAAGUUAAAUUUAAUAAAAGGCCUUUAUUACUAAAUUCAAUUUUUAAAGGCUUUAUUUCCAACCCUUAGAUACUGAUGAGCAGCAAACAGCAUAAAACCUGAACAGACUGUGUGUUACUCGCAUGCUGUUCUGGUUUUAUGCUGUUUGCACAUUACCAUUUUCACUUUGCUUUUGAGUGGGAAAGGGUUACAAUUUGAAUCUUGUAAGAAAGGCCAUUAAUUAAAAUUCACUUUCUAAAGGACUACAGCUGCGUCAAAAUAUGUAUCUGAAGUAGUAAAGGGUAAAGCAACAAAAUUGUGAUCCUAUUAAUUAUCAUGAUUUUCAUCUGGAUUCAAAGGUCUUGUUUGUUCACUGCAUAUUGUUAGAUCAGCAAUACAUACAUUCACUGCUAAUAUUGGUUGUUAUAAUGUUACUUGUUUGUUUUAUCUCGAUUUUGGGUUCUAGACUUUAACCUUCUUUUAAGAAGAUAUCAAGAUUGUGAAGCUAAAAUUGUAGUCUUUUUUUGCCCCCCGGAUCGAAAGAUCGGGGGUAUAUUGUUUUUGGCCUGUCUGUCUGUCUGUCAUUCAUUGUGUGUGUCCCAAAACUUUAACCUUGGUUAAAGUUUUGCAAAAACCAUUGCAUUAUUGAAGAUUGCAACUUGAUAUUUGGCAUGCAUGUGUAUCUCAUGGAGCUGCACAUUUUGAGUGGUGAAAGGUCAAGGUCAUCCUUCAAGGUCAAAGGUCAAAUAUAUGGCUUCAAAGCGGCGCAAUAGGUGGUCAUUGUGUUUCUGAUAAACACAUCUCUUGUUAUUCAUUCUCUAAUUAAACAACUUUGACAAUAGUCUAUUAAUAAUUUGAUUUAAUGGUUUCCAUGUACCCUUGGGGCGCACAACACCAAGUAACCAGCACAUUGCUUGAAUUUUAUUGAGUUAGACUGUUAAAUAUUUCAACAAAUUUCACACAAUAUAACAUAUGUUUUCUGC